AUGGACACCAAGAAGCAUGUUACCACUGCCUGUAGGCAUUGUCGGCGGAGAAAGAUCAAGUGCGACGGCCGCUCGCCAUGUGCCAACUGCAACUCUCUCAAGCAAACCUGUAUCUACAAUCCGGACGACGACAAGAGGAGAGUGUCGAUUAAGAAGUCGCAGAGUGCGCUGGCGGCACGGCUUGCACAACUAGAAGGCACUCUCCAGGCUCACAAUAUCGCCGUACCGCCGGCAAUCGAACCUCAAGAGUCACAUAACCGUCGACGCAGGGGAAGUGCCAGGCAAUCGUCCACCUCCAAUCCGCUCAACGCGAGCUCAGAUGAUGCGACAAGUAACAUUGCCCAUGCGCCCCGAUCACCAUGUCCACCAUCCAAACCACCCACGCUAGAAUCAUCACCACCAAUAGCCACCCAGGACUCGGUUACCGUCACCACACGAUCAGUGUCGUUCCCCGAGAGUGCUCUGUUUGACAGACCCAAUGUCCCGCAUGAACCAGCAUACGUGCCGCUCCAGAAUACGUUCUGCGGCUUCACGCCGAGCUUUCCUGACGACGGCACUGAUGAGUUUGACUUCUCCUUGCCCUUGAAUGCCGACUCUCCCCCCAGCCCUGGUUUGAACUACGCGCCAGUCUUACCGGAUCCAACCCCUGCCCCGGAUGAUAUCACCAAUUCCUUGGCAGCCAGAGUCGGCUCUCUUCAGAUUGCCGAGGAUGGCCAGCUACGCUACUACGGUCCGACAUCGAAUCUACAUCUCUACCAUAGCGGCCUUCAGUCCCUCUCUCGGUCCACCAUCCGACACGUGGCAACCGAGGGUUCGCAGGCGCUGAGGCGAGCCGGUUUGGGUCAACGAGUUGAUCCAGAAAUCGAGAUGCGCCUUGCCGAGUUAUAUUUCACCUGGGAAGACCCCGCCAUCCACGUGAUUGACGAGGAGAUCUUCUAUUUGGAGAAACAAAGGUGCCUUGAUGGCGUAACCAAUACUCCGUACUACUCUGAAACCCUGAAUAAUGCCAUUUGCGCCAUUGGCGCCAACCUCGCCUCUGGAGAACAACUUGGUGUUCCGGAACCGGCUCCAGAAUUCUUCUCUGCCCGUGCCAAAGUCCUCCUAGACAUAGAGAUGGACAGUCCGAGCGUCGCGACGGUCCAGGCUUUGGUAAUUAUGAGUGCGUCAGAGGCUGCGUUUACCCGCGAUGCCAGGGGCUAUCUAUACAGCGGCAUGGCUGUCCGCCUGAGUGCCGAUCUGGGCCUCCACCUGGACCUCACGGAACACUAUAAGAAUGGCAUCCUGACGCAAAGAGACCUCAACGUGCGAAGGACAACGUUCUGGGGCGUGUUCAUUCACGAUAACAUGUGGAGUCUUUACAUGGGACGGCCGUGGGGAAUCAGCAUUCGUGACAUCUCUGUCUCACGACCCCUGAAGGAGCUGGAUUCCGUCAGACAGAAGAUGUGGUCGCCCACGACGCCCAAGGUUGGCGAUAGAUCGGUGAUGGCUUUUGAAGGUGCCAUGCUCGACCCCUUGGAGGCUUGCACUGAUGCCAACAUCACGCUGUGCGAGUUUAUGCGACGCAUAAACCGCACUCUAUACGCCGGCCGCAAUGUUGACGCGAACGAAAUGGUCGAGUUCCUGUCGCGCACAAGAAAGGAGCUCUGGGACUGGAUGGACAACCUACCAGAAGAGCUGCGAAUUAACCUGGCCGUCCAAGAUAAGGUGUACCUCCCGCAUGUCCUGCAGCUGCAUAUGCAGUUUUACGCCCUGGUUAUCUUUCUCUUCCGACCCUAUUUCUCUAGAGAUAUCCUGCGGUGGACACAAUCCAUGUCUGACGAAGGCCGGUCGGCCGUGGUUACUGUCCGGACCGACUGUAUUUCUGCCGCCCAUAGUCUAGUAGAGGUUCUCCGGUACUUCCGGAAACAGCACUCUUUGCGCUAUACAAACAUUCAGAUCGUCCAUCUCAUCUUCACGGGAUCGCUCGUACACAUCUACAAUGCAUGCACCUGCAGCCCAAGCGAGUCGCAGACUGCUCUCGAUGAUUUGCAAUUUUGCUGCCAGUCGCUUGGUGAGAUUGGACAGACCUAUGGAAAUGCAACGAGAGCCCUCGAAGUAAUCAUUCUCAUUAAGAGGGAAUGGCAGAGGCUAGCUACCGUUCGCAAUGUGAAGCGACCCGGCUCCUCUAUAUACAGUAACAAUUCCACGACAGAAACUUCUCGGCAAAAGAGACGGAGUCUGUCAUCUGCAGCUUCUUUCAACCCGCUGAACCCUCCACAGUUUAUGAUGCCCUCCGCCUUUGAGACAUUCAGAGUACCACUAGACUCGAUGCGGCAAACACCCCUUCCAGGCAUACCAAAGAGCAGACAGGAAAUGUACGAUGCGUGGCAAUUCCUCAACUGGACCGACCCCAAUGUUGAGCUGGAAGGGCUCAAUGGGACGGGACGGAUGGAAGACCAACUGCUCCCGUCUAAUCCCGACGAGAGCACAAUAUUUGUCAACACGGAUCCCGAAGCAGGGCAUGAUCCUGGCGCAGAAGCAGGAUGA